ACCAUUUGCGCAUUUGCCAACACUAACACUGCCGAAAAUUUACCCAAAACAUAGUUUCUUUCAUUAAAAUUAAAAAAAGGCUGUGAAAAUGGCAAAGGACGGCGGGGAAAUAUUAGAGCUGGAAUCAAAGUUGAAUGACGUCAAUCUGGAGGAUGUUGCCUCUCGCCAUCGCCGCGAGCGUAAAGAACUUCAGGCCAAGUUGCAGGCCAUGAAGAAGAAUGCGCCCAAGAACAACAAAACCAAGCGAAAGGAGUUCCUAGAGGAAAUGUCACGUCUCGAGAAUGAGCUAGAGCAGCGUCAAAAGAACGAACUACAGACAGACGACAGCAAAGACGUGUCAGAGCUGCCCAAGAAUCAACCCUUUGCAGAGGCGCCGCCCAUUGAAAAGCCACCACCAGCCAAAAGCGAGGACGACGAAGAAAAACACUCACAGGAACCUGGCACGCAGCAGCGUGUCUCUAAAGCCCAAAAGCGGCGCGAAAAGAAGGCACGGGAGGCCCGCGAACGCGAGGAGGAAAUCCGCGUGGAACUCCAGAAUGCAGCUGAUGCAGGCCCAUCGCUCAAAUGGAUCGAGGUUCAACAGAUCACAGCAAAAUUAGCCAGUCGACAGCUGGCCCUGCAUUCCAUAGCCUCCGAUGGCGACUGCUUGUAUCAUGCUGUGCGCCAUCAGUUAAUUGUCAAUGCUCUACCGGGCCACAGUGUACAAGAGCUGCGGAAAGAGACGGCCAAUUAUGUGCGUGCCCAAAAGGACCUCUUUCUUUCUUUUAUGACCCAUCCGGAGACUGGAGAGCUGUUAAAUGACGAGCAGUUCAAGCAAUACUGCAAAGACAUAGACGAGAACCAUGCAUGGGGUGGUCACAUCGAACUAAAGGCAAUCUCCUCACUGCUGAAGGUUCCCAUUGAAGUCAUCCAAGCCGAGGGAGCUCCUACACUGCUAGGGCAGGAGGAAUUUGGCGGUGCACCCCUGGUACUAUGCUAUCAUCGUCAUAUCUACCAGUUGGGUGCCCACUAUAACUCCACAGUGCCAGUAGAAAUCUAGACAUAGAAGAGGCAGGAAAUUAUUGAAUUUGUAACAGUUUAACUAUUUUUAUUUAUAAAUAUGCAUUGGAAGAUUUGAA